AGGAACGUCUCGUCAAUGGUCUUUAUAAUAUGAAUUUAAAGUCUGUUCAAAUUCAAAUCGAAACCUACAGCUGUAUAAAUAAUUGGUUUUCGAAUGAGACCAGGAAGUGCUGAUAGGCUUGUAGAAGAAAUGUACUCUAUCAAGAUUUGAUUUUUACGAAAAAGCUCCGAAGGAUGGAUAUUUAUUUCAGUAUAUUGUCGGUCAUUAUAACGUAUCUGAAUUUGGCAUAUGGGAAUCUAUGUGAUCCUAGCAAUGGACCUGAAGGAACAUACGACUGUGUACACAUUCCUGAGUAUGACAGCUACCAAUGGGCUGUUUGUUUGUCCAGUCAAACCUUGAGAAAACACACGUCUAGAUCUUUUGGAUGCAAAGGGUCAUCCUACUGUUGGUUAUCAUGUACCAAGAGUAUAUACCCAACGUCCCUGUUCGGAUAUGUUGCGAAGGAAUGCAGAUGCGAUCCAAUCGAAAAUGAAAAAAGAAAACGAUCAUUGCAAGGAAAUAUCCAAAAUGUUAAGGUCAAGGUGCCACCUGAAUGCUACAUUCCGUCUUUUACUAGUAAUUGUGAUUGGUAUUCUCAUUGCUUAGAGGCACAUUCGUCAUGCGAACAAACCGAAUUUCAUUAUGCGGUUUCGUACGGAAAAGCGAUUUGCUCUAUCUUUGUCGAUACUUUCAAUUCGUUUUCAGAAGAAGGAAAGAAGUGGAUUACAUCAUCGCAAAAAUGUAUAGCUAAUAAAUUGAAAUCAAUUUUGAUGCCAAAUGACAAAUCAGAUUGCAGAAAUCUUCGCGAGCGUGCAUACUUAGCACAUACUAAAUGCUACUUAUAUCUUAGUAGACCUCGAUUUUGUAGCCUGCAACAUACAGACCAAAUGAAAAUCUACUGGAGCAUAAAACAAGUAUACCAGAAUUCUUUUAGUGAGCACUUUGACGAUGCAAUGGCUAAAUUUAGAUCUUGUCUUCGUAACGAUGUUUACAAUGAGCAAAAGGAAUACAUAUUUUAUGUUAAAAAAGAUAUCGAUGCAACCCCAAAGGCAAUUGAAAAAGAGUUUGCUUCAUCUUUGGCAGACCACUUUGCAUUUUCAUCGCAAGGAUUAGACUGGGAUGUGGAUGUUCAAAUGUCUAAUCGCAUGAGAACAAAACGAGAAAUCGAUUUUUACAGUGAAAAGAGGUACCAACCUGUUGGUAUCUUUGUCAGUCAACAGAGGGUAAAACUAGUAGAACGUUCAAGGAUGAACCCAGUCCGAAAUUACUUACGAAAAACGUAUGAUAAUGAAUAUGAUAAAGACUUUUUGGUAUCCUUUGAUGACUUAAUAAUCAAUUCGUUGACAGGAGAUGGAUUACAAGUUACGGACAAUUCCUCACCAUACCAAUGGCCUGUUUGGCCUGUUUCUUGUUUUAUAAUAAGGAGCGCAGCCAAAGUCGCCAUUUGCUUUUCCUUUCCUGGGAAUUGCAUCAUAUCCGUUCUCGUUCAACUGUUUAGUAAGGUCCUACCAGAUACACCAGAAGAAAUAGAUACGAAAUUCAUCCUUUACACAAGAAAUAAGACGAAUAUUUCUCUAAGUUUUUCGGACGUGUCUACGAUGUCACACUUUAAUCCAUCAAAAAGUACUUUUAUAAUAGUUCACGGACUCCUCUCAAGUGGUGAUACGGACUGGGUUAAGAAUAUGACGUCAAGUCUUUUAGCUCGGAAAGAUUCAAAUGUCAUUGUCGUCGAUUGGAGGAAAGGUGCAAAAUACCUAAUACGUUAUAAUCAGGCUGUUGCAAAUACUGAAGUGGUGGGAUUCAUUCUGAAGCUCAUGGUGAAAACACUGGAAAACCAUCGAGGGGCCACUGAAACCCACAUUCACAUUAUUGGACAUAGCCUAGGGGCCCAUGUAGCAGGGUUUGCAGGGAAGUACCACACAAAAGCAAGAUAUCAAAGGAUUACGGGUUUAGACCCAGCUGGUCCAUUUUUCGAGAAUAAAACAGAUAUCGCGAGAUUAUCCAAGACUGAUGCCAAUCUAGUAGAUGUGAUUCAUACAGAUGUAGACGGGUUUGGAUAUCUAAAUCCCCUGGGGCACCUGGAUUUUUAUCCAAAUGGCGGCGAAGACCAACCCGGGUGUGAUUUCUUAACAGGCCCCGCGUGUAGCCACUCUAGAGCUCAGGUGUUUUUUACUGCUUCAAUCAGAUCCGACCGCAUUUUUGGCGCCAGACAGUGCAAGCUAUUGGCACAGUGCAGAACAGGAGAAAAUUUAAACUGGAACGGACAAGAAGAUAACAAAAUGGGAUUUCAUAUAGAUGUCACUAAGAAAAGGGAGGUUAACACGAUGUACUAUUUAAAAACUAAUAUUAAGGAUCUUGGGGACGUGCCAUGA